AUGAGCCUCAACCCAAACGUAGCGUCCGUAUCACGGUCGCCCUCUGCACUGGGCAUCGGAGAGCCUUCGUCGAUCCUCCCCAGCAGCGAGUCCAUCCAGGCAACGCUCUCGACCCUCGAACACAAGCGAAGCAAGCUCGUCUCGCCCAAGAAGCGCACCAACCUCGCCUCGUUCCAGCGCACACUCAACCAGGCUGGCGAUCUGGCCCAUUCGGUCGACCUGCACAUCAUCGAUGCCACCGGCGACGGCGGCGACUUGCGGAGCGAUAUCCUGGGCGAGCGCGGUGCAAGGGUGUUUCGUCUGCCGAAGCCCGAAAACAUUGCCGAGGCCGAGAAGUAUCUCCCGCAUGAUGACUCGGCCAAGAUUACGCGGGACCAAGCCCUCCAAUUCAUUGGUGUUCUGCAGGCGCCUCCCGGUAGCGGCGCAAAGUAUGAGAAGCCCAAGCCCCCGUCAGCCGAUCGUCCGCUCAAGCCCGAAGCUCGGCUCGACAUCGAGUCGCAGCCAGAUGACUUUCGCAAGUUUCAGCAAAGCGUGCUUCAUCCUGGUCGGGUCCUUGGCGUCAUGGCCUUCGAAGACGACCGGGCAGUACUGUCGACGUUUGAUCAGCUCUGCAACGAGGUGCUUUCCUGCAUCGCCGAGUUCGAGAGCUCGCUUGAGGAAAUGACAACGUGGAAGAACGCAUUUAUGAAACAGAGCAUACCCUCGAACGUGAAGCUGCAGCUGGCUAUCCUGUUUGGAAGGCUGUUCCGGUGCAAAUCCGAUCUUCACGAGCCCCUGUUUGAACUCAUCAAACAAGUCCGCAUCUACUCGCGGCCGUGGCUCAAAAAGCAAAAGGCUCUCCUGGAGCUCGAGAAAGACUUUCAGAGCCAAAACCAUGUGCUCGACGUGGCCAUCCGGAAGCUCGAACAUCUGCACGCACAAAAGCUCAAAAUCAUCACCGAGAAGAGUAUCUCGCUCUGGGACCGGCUUGUUCGAAGUUUGAUGGAUGCCACACCAGCAUACAAUCCAUUCUAUGAGGCACAGGCGUCUGUAAACUCCUCUGGCCUGGCGGAUUCAAAACUAGGCGCACAGUCGUCGGACAAUCGAAUGGCGUUGUCUAUGAAGCGCUCGGGAGCCCUCAAGAGCAUAGCUUCCAAUAGUGCACUCUCGCCACUUCCGGGAGUAAACAAGCUCAAGACCUCCAUUCUCGAAUACAUUACCACUGACGACCCAAGUUGGAAGAAGCAAGCACGCAACCUCGUCGAGAAGUUUAGGAAACACAUCAACAAGCAGUGCCGCGGCUGGCAGGCUCUGUUUCGCAAGCUGCAUCAGCGUCCGUUCCCGAGGCCAUCAAUGUUCCCAUACAUGUCGCUGCUGAACCAAUCCUUCAUCAAGCCGCCUCGCCCCUUCCCGCUGCGCAAAUCUUGGUCGUUGGUAGAUCUUAGCUCGGCCAGCACCCUGCCCGUUCAACCCAAGAGCUGGCUCACUGGCGACGAAAAUGAAUAUAGGCACGACAGGGAUCUGUAUGACGGUAAGAUUCCUCGGUCAAAUAGCUUCAAUGCAGCCUUCGAUCUGAGAUCGGCCCGGAUCCGCAAUAUGCCUUCGCGCAAGCGAACCAAGGGCGCCCGUCGUCGCCACCGCAAGGCCAUGUACCGAAUGAAAACACAGUUCCGCAUCUCGGACGGCCAGUCGUCGGAUUCGGACUCGGAGAGCAGCAGUAGCGACGACGAUGACGACUCGUUUGUGGACGACGAGCUCGCGGACUACGAGCAGAGGUAUUGGGACUUUUUUGAUGAGGACCAAAUCCAGCAUACGAUCGACAGUUUCCUUACGGCUCAUCCAUUCACGAGCCACUCGCAAAAAUCAACGCCGUGGCGGUCAGAAGUCAAAACUCCAGCAAAUAGGACCGAAAGCCAAGAAAAAAGCACCGUCACCGUCUCGUUUCCUUCGGACGAGCCUGAAGUUCCGGACAUCAUGGCUGAAGAACCAGCUCCGGAUUUCGCAACUACGACCGAACCUACCGAGCCAUUGCAUGGAGACGAGACGCCAGCGGAUGCCGCCGACCAGCCUGAUGUCGACGUUGACAAAGGCUGGUUCUCGCUCCAAGAUGUUAUGGAGCUGACUCUUCUGCAUGCUCAGCAGAUGCAGCUGCUGCAAUCCGAGUACAGCGACAAGUUUGACGACAUGACUGAAAAAAUGGAGGCCAUGGAGGCAAAGCACAAGGAGGACGUCGAAGAUUUGGAAAAGCGUCUCGUGAUUGCGCAGGAGGCAGCGCAGCGGAUCGCUCGGGACUGGCAAAAUAUGGCCGAACAGAAAGCGUCGGCAGAGAGCCGGGCCAUGACCGUGCUGACGGGGCCCGGGGGAUCGACGCAUGGCCCGGGCACGGCCGAUUCAGUGCGAUUUGAGCUGUCUGAUACCGCAGGAGGUGCCUCAAGCACCAAAUCAAAGUCGAGGAGCGGCAAGUCACGACGGUCGUCCAAGUCCAAGAAGAAGCAACACCGAGGACCAUUCUUCUUGAAGCAGCGAGAAUCGAACAAUCAACGAGGUCCAAUCUUCACGACAGCCCCAUUCGAGAUGAGUUUCCUGGAAAGACUUCGCUGGUUUACCGAAGAAAAGCUCCGACGCCAGAACUCUCUGAGAGAAAAGUUUGUACGCAUGGAGGUCAUGGCCAACGAGCAAAGACUCGCACAGGCUCACCUGCUCAACCGCGACCCCGACCCAAGAAUCACCUCGCCUUGGGGUGGAAGAUUCCACAUCUCAUCCGGCCAAAACGAAUCCGAGGACACCCAGGCAAGUGAAGUCAAUAUUCUCAACCUGUUUGAUGUUGCCAUCAAGACAAGAAUCAAGCCUAAGCAGCAGAAAGACGCCAGCCUCAGGCUCGUGAUUACUUUCGUGGGCUCGUAA